AUGUUGACCCGCCAAGCCACCAGGAUCUCAAGCAUACGAGCCGUCGGUGCUGGAUCUGUACGUUACAAUUCCACGGAUCAACCCCUUUACUUAAAUCCUCACAAGUGGGCUGGACUCCCAGCAGACAGGGUGUUUGAGUUGCACGAGUUGAGAAAGACAGCCUUGGGAGAGAAAUACACGCCUAACGAUGCCGAGAGAAAUGCCAUCUUGGCCACCUUCGAGUCUUUGAAGGUGCCCAAGCCAACUUUGGCCUACGGUUACGAGAUUGAUAACUUCAAGGAAAGAGUCAUGAACAACACUCCUUCCAAAUUGAGAGGCCUCCCUCCCAAGUUGAGUAACGUUAGAGUGUUUGACAAAGGUACUACACCACACGAGCAGAGAAAAAUCGAUCAGAUAAACCGUGUCAGUGCCUACGAAAUGCCAUUGUUGGCCAAGUUCCGUCAAGAGUACAAGCCAGAGUCCUCAGCUGAGUCUCCCAUCCAGUUGACGUUCAACACCGACUUUUCUGAUCAGCAGAAUGCUCACAACAGAAAGGUAUCCCUCUCUGUCAAGCUCGACGACUUGAAUCUUAACGAUAAACAGGCCAAGAAAUUCAAGUUAUUGGCUGGUAACAAGUUCAAUCACAACAAGCAGAUUCUCGGCUUUUCUACGGACAGAUAUGCUGACUCUACUCAAAAUGCUCGCUGGUUGGUAGAGACCCUCGACAAGUUGUUGAAAGAGUCUAAAGAUCUCAGCAAGAACACUUUCGAUGAGGUUCCUGUUGACAUCCGUCACUCUAAGCCUUUGAAGGCUGCGCCAGUAUUCCCAGAGGAAUGGAAGAGACCAGAGGAUGCUCCUGUGAAGAAGCAUAGAGUGGUGAGAAGAUUGGUGGAUGCUGUCAAAGAACAGAAAGACCAGGCAUACAUCAAGAAGCUCUCUCCAUGA